AUGCUGCCGAAGGUCUCGAAGAGCAAGAUCGGCUUCUUCAGGGUGUGGGAGAAGCCGUCCGAGAACUUUGACAAGGUCACAAAGGGAAGGGGUUCAGUUCUCGGGUACGCAAACGCACGAUACAUGGAGGUGAUAUUUUCUGCUGUCAUCGAUGAGCUCGCCGGUAGAUCCAUGUCCUUCCUCGUGGACAGAUACCUGAAGCGGAUGGCGGCGCCGACGGAGGAGGAGCGGCUGCGGAGCCUGCAGCGGCUGCUGCUGCGGGUUCGCGUCGUUGUCGAGAAGGCAGAUGGCCAGCUCAUCACGAACCAGGUCAUGAUGCAUCAACUCGGCAUACUGAAAGAAGAGAUGUACAGAGGGUGCUACACCCUCGACGUGCUCAGUUGCCAAUCCCAUGGAGAAGACAGGACGAAAGAUCAUGAGCCGUACAGCACGCAUCUGCUGCUGAGCAAGUGCAUGUUCGGGCGCCAAAUGGAGAUGGAACAUGUCCUGAACUUCCUGCUGCAAACCGAUGGAGCUGGAAGUCCGGCGGUCAUGCCGAUCAUCGGUCCAAGGAAAGUCGGAAAGAGCACCCUGAUCGAGCACGCUUGCGACGACGAAAGGGUGCGCAGCCACUUCUCUCGGAUCAUGUGUUUCAAUGGAGAUGGCCUUGAAGAUGCUAGUGUGGAGGCUCUGCGAGACGGAGCCAGAAUCAAGCAUCGAAACCGCGGUGGCACGGGCGGCGGAAGGACAUUGAUCAUCAUCGAGCCACUUGCGGACAUUGACGACCAUGCAUGGAGGAGCCUGUACUCGGCUGCAAGAGGCCGCGUCGCGAGCGGGAGCAAGAUCAUAGUGGCGAGCCGGUCCGACAAGAUCGCACGCUUCGGAACCACGCAGCCCCUCAGGCUACACCUCUUCACCCCGGAGGCGUACUGGUACUUCUUCAGGGCGCGCACCUUCGGGAGCGCGAGGGCGGAAGACCACCCGAGGCUCGCGGCAAUCCUGCUGAAGCUGAACCUGGACCUGGAGAUCCUGAGACGACGAUGA